GAUUCGUCACUCGUAUCCAGGAAGUGGAAGAUGCACUUGAGUGGAUGCACGACCGACUUCAGUUGAUGAUCAAUUUUUCAUGAUCACUCACGGAUAACCUCACACAUAAGUGAUGGACUGGAACGAAAGAGACGCCUGCCACUCCCAUGGUCAUAUGGGUGACAGUUGUCAUGAACAUGGCACUGGCCACAGCCAUGGGCAUGGAGGUCCUGGAUUUGGUGGUUUCAUGCCCAGCUUCCAUGGCCCAAUCAUUCCUGGACCUAUUGAUCCAACGCAACAGCCAAGGAAGUUUUCACACCCCGAGGACAGCAGCUCCUGGGACAUCGUCAAGGCAACACAGUAUGGUGCUCUUGAGAGGUGUAAAGAGCUUAUAGAGGCUGGCUAUGACGUCAGACAACCUGAUAAAGAGAAUGUUACGCUGCUCCAUUGGGCCGCAAUCAAUAAUCGAGCAGAUAUCGUCAAAUACUAUAUAUCUAAAGGUGCCAUCAUAGACCAACUAGGUGGUGACCUCAAUUCUACACCACUCCAUUGGGCCAUACGACAGGGUCAUUUGUCUAUGGUCAUUCAGCUCAUGCGUUAUGGAGCUGACCCGUCAUUAGCAGAUGGAGAGGGGUAUCGUGGCCUCCAUUUGGCUGUGCUCUUUCAGCAUAUGCCCAUCGCUGCUUACCUUAUGGCCAAAGGACAGGAAGUGGAUUACCCAGACAUAAAUGGACAGACUUCAUUGAUGUUGGCAGCACAAAAAAUCAUUGGACCUGAACCCACAAACUUCUUGCUGAAGUGCAACGCUUCAGUGAAUGCUGUUGAUAAAGUGAACAGAAACUCCCCUUUACACUGUGCUGUGCUGGCUGGCAAUGUAGAUUCAGCCAACAUCCUGUUGGAGGCUGGAGCCAGUGUGGACCUGGAAAAUGCCAAUGGUCACACUCCCAUCGACCUUGCGCACCAGGUGCACAGCCCUCUGCUCAUUCACAUGCUCAACGUAGUGAAGACCGAAAGAAUCAGAGCCAACUCCGCAUGUCUGAAAGUGCUCAAUAAAUAUAAGGUCUAUCUACAGUGUCUAAUUAGUGUUGUUGUGGUCGGUGCCAUCGGUGCCAUAUUGGACAUGAAGACAGAGUCUUGGUUACUGAAGGGAGUGUUACUCGCUUGUAUUAUGGCCGUGAUCAACCUCACUUCAAGGCAGCUGGCGACUGUGGCAGUACAGUCCUUGAUUCCCUCGACAAGUCUCAUGGCGUCUGUCUUCUGGAUGGUAGUCACCUGGGGCUUGUGGUUUUUGCCUGAUGACCCCAGCGCUACAGUCCAGAUGCUCUUCACAGUGAACAUAACAGCUCUGCUCUAUUAUUACCUGCGCUCCUGUAGGACAGACCCUGGCAUUGUCAGGGCAACUGAGGAGGAGAAGAAAAAGAAUAUUGUGGUUUUGGCAGAGGCAGGUUGUUUGGAUCCCCGGAUAUUUUGUACUUCAUGUAUGAUGAGGAAGCCAAUGAGAGCCAGUCAUUGCUUUGCCUGCAAUUCCUGUGUCGCUAAACAAGAUCACCACUCCAUUUGGAUCAAUGGCUGCAUAGGGGCCAGAAAUCACCCGUUCUUUGUGCUGUUCUUGGUGGCUCUGAACUUCCACUGCAUCUGGAUGUUCUAUGGCAGUAUUAUGUACUGGUCGAAACACUGCCCGCUACACUACUCUGAGGAGGGCGUAUGGGGGACGUUAACCAAUCUAAUGGGAUGCUCUCCCUGGGUGCUCUACAUUUUCUGCUUUGCUUUCUUGAACACCUCCUGGGCCUCCAUCCUACUUGUGUUGCAGCUCUGGCAGAUUGCUUUUCUUGGUCUGACGACAGCCGAGAGAGCGAACCUUACGCACAGACAAAGGAAACUUCCUCAAGCCUCCUCUCUCAGACAAAACCCAUUCAAUCUUGGAGUGGUGAGGAACUUGGUGAACUUCUUCCAGUGGCGAUGCUGUGGUUUAUGUAAGCCAGUGGUGCUAGACUGGACUCAGCAGUUUCCUAUGGGUCAUGGCAGAGAACAUCCCAUGUUCAGCGGUCUGGAUGCUGUUUGACCCUUACUGUCCAGUCACCCACUCAAGGAGAGCAAACGUCUCCUUCAGGACACUUUGACCCAGCCACAGAGCCAUUGAUUUGAGUUUAAUGCCUUUUAAAUGAUGGAAAUGGAGAAUUGACUGAUGACUUGUCUUUUUUUGUUUUUUUUUUCAAGAACAUCUACCUUUUAUAUUUGGCCGAAAUAUAGUAUAUAUGUAAUGUAAAUUACGCUUAUGAAGGUUAGAUUUGCCUUACAACUUUUAAGUUAUACAAGAGGAUUAAAACAUGUUUAUAUGUAUACUGGUAUAUUUUUAACUGAAAUAUUUUUUAUGGUACUUACACUAUUGUAAAAGAGCUUUGAAAAUCUGUGAAUUAACUGCUACUAAAGCUCUACUAGAAAUGGCUAUUACACAAAAAUGCUGAAUUUAGUAGCUGAUAUGAAACUUCAGCUGAAAAACAUAUUUCCUGGACAAAUUUUGAGAAACGUACAUCUCUUUUCUACACCAUGAAUCAAGAUACAUUUAAUAUUACUUGAAACUUUAAUGACCAGAUGUAUCUCCACACUCCAGAGCUACCAAUACAUUGAUGCUAUUAAUUAAUACAUACCAGCUGUACAGAACAAUUAAAAUUGAAUAAUUUUGAGCUAUUAGGAUAACGAUUUCCCACCAUACCUAUCCAGAGCAAUCAGUAGGAUUUUUUCAAUAUCAGUUUUUUAUUUUAUUUCUUAAGUCUUAUAACCACUGUAUAGUGCAAAACCGUGUGUGACUGCAUCGACUGCAGUUCUCAAAUACUAUUCCUCAUCUUUUCAUUUAUUAAUUAAUAUUUCAUCAAGGGAAAUGUACUUUUCUUUAAACUGUUCCGUGAUUUUAAAUAAAUCAGACUUCUUUUGUAA